AUGACUCGCUUCACGCCUGCAACUUUCAAAUCCAUCCCUCUUCUCCUGUUAUUAAUAUCGUCUUGCGCCAUAAAUGUCCUUGCUAGUCCAACCCUGCAUCAGGACAUGAUUUACGUUAGUGAUAAUUCUGAUAGCAUUGAUAAUGUUGUCACAACGUCAGAUGGGAAACCAGCCGAAGGAUUCGAUUAUACAGAGGAAAAUGCAAAUUUAGUUCCAGUCACCGGAACACCAGAACCAACAGUCAGCUCCAUUGGUAUAUUAUUCAGUCCAGGUGAUGUUUGCACUGACGCUCCUAAAUCUAUCCCAUCAGAAAUUGCUCAAAUUGCUCGAUACAAACGUAUUGCCCUGAUUAAGCAAGGUGCAUGUUCGAUUUAUGAUCAGAUUCAAACCGUUCAACAACAAGAAGGAGUGGUUGGUGCGAUCAUUUAUAAUGAUGGAACUACAACUUCAUCGUCAUCAAAACCAAAUUUUGUAGCAAAGAUUCCAGUUUUUCGUGUCAAAGGUGAUAGCGGUAAUGAAUUGAUGAAGAGUUUGGAAAAUGAACUUAACCAACAAGCUACUGAAUCUCAAAGAAAAAUGAUCAGAAUUGUUAUGUUACCCUCUUCAGGUUCAUUUGGUGGUUGGCAAAUUGCAAUCAUCGUUAUUGGUUCAUUACUUGCCGCUUCGUUCUUAGUAUCAGUUUUGAUUCAUUGCCGCUUAUAUCAACUUAGACGACGUGAACGAUCUUUGAUGGUUGCUCAACAUGAAGCUAAUGUAAAUGCCAAAUUACAGACUUACACUUUAGAAAAAUCUGUAGUUAAAUCUUUCCCUAUCAAGGUCUAUAGCAAACAAGACAAAAUCUCUGCCGUUUUUCAAGUUUCCGAUUCCUCUAGAUCUCCAAAUGGACCUGACGUUUGUUCUAUUUGUUUAGAAGAAUACUCUGAUGGUGAAACAUUGAGGGAGUUGCCAUGUUCUCAUUUUUAUCAUAUAGAUUGUGUGGAAAAAUGGCUUACAACAAAAUCAUCACAUUGUCCUCUUUGUAAGCAAGAUGCUACUCCACCUGCAAUCGCCGAGAAACGCGAAAAGAGAUAUGUCCAUACAGUUCAAAUUCAAAAUAAUCUUGAUAACAUCUAUAAUACAUCUAAUGAGACCAGAAAUAAUAGAAGAAAUAGAAGUGGCGAGAGUUCCUCUAAAUUGUCAAGGGUUUUGGAAUUGUUCGGAUAUGGUUCAAGCAGUCGGGAUGCUCAAUCAUCUCAUGUGAGACCCACUGGCGGAAAUCUCUUUGGCAUUCAAGAACUUCCUCCUGUUGUUGUUCGUGAUGGAAACUUAAACCGCAUGGUAUAA